AAUUUUUCCAUGUAUUUUUGGAAAUUGAUGCUCGUGAAUAACAUUUCAAUGGCGCGUUUCGUAAUUUUAAAAUUAUAAUGAAUAAUCAUAUUAAUUUCUUUUUUAUUUAAACAUUAGUGCAAUUACGUUCUUUAUUUAUUAAAAAUAAAGUUUUCUUUUUGAGCAACGUGAACUUGACAUAUUCGCUGUUUACCUUGCUUUUUAGGUUAUGUUAGUAAGGAGUUCAUAUUUAUUGAAUAUAUCGUUUAAACGAUGACUGAGGGAGAGCUUGGGAACAACUCUCGGGUUGUAGCGAUACCGCGCUCGUUCGUGAAGCGGAAAGUAGAAUGUGCCGGCGGUGCCUUCUUGAGAUACUUCAACUUAAAAUGUCACGGCGAGGAUACGUCUUUGUCCACGUCCAAGUCGAAAGAUAAGACUGAAGGAGUCGUUUUCGAGGAUGACGUGGACUACCUGCGUAGCUUGGACCCCAAAGAGUGGAAGACGCAGGAUCACUAUGCCGUAUUAGGAAUCAAACAAUUAAGGUACAAGGCUACGGACGACGAUAUCAAGCGCGCUUACAGGCAGAAAGUACUAAAACAUCACCCCGACAAGCGUAAAGCGCUUGGCGAAGAGGUUAGAAGCGAUGACGAUUACUUUACAUGUAUAACUAAAGCAUAUGAAAUCCUCGGCUCACCAAAAAGUAGACGAUCAUAUGACUCUGUCGACCGAGAAGUUGAUGACUCUAUCCCGUCUACGAGCGACAUUAAAAAGGAUGGAUUUUUCAAAACAUUUGGUAAAUAUAUUGAAAUUAAUGCCCGUUGGUCUGAGAAAAAGAAUGUGCCUUUACUUGGUGAUGAAGACAGCUCCCGUGAGUUUGUAGAGAAAUUUUAUUCAUUUUGGUACGAGUUUGACUCUUGGCGUGAAUUCUCUUACUUGGAUGAGGAGGAGAAGGAGAGAGGUGCAGACAGGGAGGAGAGGAGGUGGAUAGAGAGACAGAAUAAAGCAGCCCGGGCGAGACUAAAGAAGGAAGAAAUGGCGAGAGUGAGGAGUUUGAUUGACCUAGCAUAUGCAAAUGACCCCCGGAUACAAAAGUUCAAACAGGAGGACAAGGAUAAAAAGUUGGCGGCUAAAAGGGCUAGACAGGAUGCAGUGCAAGCCAAAAAAGCUGAAGAAGAAAGACUAAUAAAGGAAGCCCAGCUCGCCAAGCAGAAAGCUGAUGAAGCAGAAAGAGCUAGAUUGGAAGUAGCCCGAGCGGAAAGGGAACAACAGAAGAAAAACCUGCGCAAAGAACGCAAAUCACUACGAGAUGUAUGCAAAGCUAACAACUACUAUGCCACUAAUGAAGACGAGACUGUAUCCCACAUGGGGGCUGUAGAAAAAAUAUGUGAAAUGCUGAAACUAAACGAACUACAAGAUCUGAUUAAAGAUCUGGAAAGUAAUGGUCGUGAUGCUUUCCUCAAAGCUGUAAAUGAUUCAGAAGAAAAGCUGGAAGCAGAGCGCAGAGCUCUGUUUGAAACUAGGAAAGCUGAGGAGAAUAAAGCAAAGAAAAACGCUGCAUUCAAAGCACCUCUAGAUUGGACGGUGGAAAUGACUCAGCUAUUAAUAAAAGCUGUCAAUUUAUUCCCAGCAGGUACAAACCAACGGUGGGAUGUAGUCGCUAACUUCUUAAAUCAACAUGGCACUUUUACGGACGAUAGACGUUUCAAUGCAAAAGAAGUUUUAAAUAAAGCCAAAGACUUGCAAAGCUCAGAUUUCUCUAAGAGCACUCUUAAAAAGGCAGCAAACGAGGAAGCGUUCGAUCAAUUUGAGAAGGACAAGAAGAAAGUUGUCAAUGUGGUGGACGACAAUAGUAUAUCAAAGAACGAUGAUACUCCCAAAUUAGUUAAUGGAACAGCACAGCCUAAAGUCAAUGGAGAUAUCAAGGAAUCAAAGGAAGACAGGGCGUGGACUAAAACCGAGCAGGAACUUCUGGAGCAAGCCAUCAAGACAUUCCCAGUGAGCACUCCGGAGAGGUGGGACAAGAUCGCCGACUGCAUACCCAACAGGACCAAGAAAGACUGCAUGAAGAGGUACAAGGAACUGGUGGAACUCGUCAAAGCUAAGAAACAAGCUGCCAAUAUAUCUAAAUAGCAGUUAAUGACAACUAGAUUUUUCAAUUGUACCCUCGCAUCCGUAUAUGUUUCGAGAUUAUAGCACACGUACAUACAAACAUAAUGUGAGUAGAAACUCGAUGUUUUGUCAUCCUGAUAAUGUUGGUUUGUCAAUUUUUUUUUUAGUUUGUCACUCUAAAUUACCCAGGCACCCAGUUUGUCAUGUUUCGCAAACAUGAUUUUUUCAUUAAGCAAUGUUUGACAAACCCUUUAAACAAAGUUUACGGCAGGUAAAGCUAUUAAACAAAUGUUUUAAAGAGUAAACAUAUCAUUUGCAAAAGGUUUGUAUUUUGAAGAAUGAUAUCUGAUAUUUUCUAUCACAAAUGGAAUUUGUGACACAGGUCUAUUGUAGCAAUAUUAUUGACUGUUAGAUAUUUUCAAAAUGUUUUAUUUUGGCUUUUAUUUAAUCCAAUUCUUCAAAAUUAUAUUAUGAAGUAUCAAAAGAAGUAUAUUUGAGCAAAAAAGCUUGGAAAAUGGAAUCUCGAUAAUAAACAGUUUCAAAGUUAAGUUGACAAUAUUCAAAGACACUCAUGAUGAGUAUUCAAAGACAUGUCUAACCUAUCCUAUCUGAGUGUAUUUGUCAUACAGAUGUUUCAUAGAGAAUAGACCAACAAUUCAUCUGUUUGUUAGUGGAAAUUAAUAGUGCAAACCUUCGAGUUUUUACUUUAAUGGAAAUAAGGACACAGUUUUUUUGUUAUUUUUGUUUUUAAUUACAACUAAAAUAUACCUAUAGUCAAAGAUUUUAUACUAAUAGAUAUGUCACUAACGCGUUGAAAUUGACGCAAACAAAGGUGGCUAAUUGUCUUAAUUUCAUUUAGUCGCUAAACAACAAAAGUUAUUUAAACAAAUACCUAAAUAUUGUCUAUAAUGUCGAGUUGUGUGUUCAGGCAGUGUAAAAACUAUACAUGCAUAAAUACAAAUAAUGUAUGUAAACACAAAAUUGUGCAUGAGUGUACUCAGUAGAAUAGCCAUAUUUGAAUCACUUUUGCGGUGAUUUUGUGGGAAUGUUACAUAUCUAUAGUAUAAAAUAUCGUUGCCUAUAGUAGGAAUUUAAACGGCGCCAUCUAGUGGCGCUACUGCACAACUGUUUCAGUUCCAUAAUCUUCAAAUAAAAUUUUCAAUGGAAUAUUGAAAAAUUCAUUUCAUAUUUAUUUUUUUAUUUAAUUAUAAUUUAGGGUUCCGACAAAAAGACAAUUAACUAUACUAACUUUUUUGUUUACAAAUGAAAGUACUAUGAAAUGGUAGUAGAAUUACUAGUUUUUUUAUUUUAUUAAUGGGAUAUUGGAAAAGCACCUGCCUUAUAUGGAUAAAAAAUAAAGCAUUAUUUAGGAUUAACAAAGUAUUACAUACUAUGUCCAAUGAAGAAAUUGUAACACUCAAUUAGCAAGCAAAGUUUCUAAAUUCUGAACCACGGACUUAAUUUAUCUAGAAGCCGCAAGCCAUUAUUUUAAGCCUUAGACCAAUUACCUUCUAUUGGACUUGUAUCACACUGAAAUUCACCAACAAAAUUGUCUGUCGUUUUUUGAGAGGGACGAGGUAAACUCACACAUCGAAAAUAUUGAACAUGUAUGCAAUUAUGCAUACAUAACAAUUUUAUAUGGAUCUUUCGUUCCAAAUUCGAAUCAGUAUAUUAUCAUAUUCUUUUUGUCUAUGAUUCGAAUACCCAAAUCGAUCUGUGAACGUGGGCGUGCAUUUUUAUACUGAAUUUCACUUGACAAUUUACGCUUCCCUAUUUAUUUUUUAUAAUUAAAAUGAGUUUAGUUGGUCCACUGUCGUAUGACGGCUUUUUUUAUAUUAAUACGAGUAUGUACCUACUAACGGCGACUUCGUCCGCGUGAAAUUCAGUUUUCCGAGAUAAAAAAUGGUAUCCAGGGAAAGUCUCAUUAACAUCACAUUAGGCCGGCAAACAGACAGACAAAAAUUUUAUUUAUAAGUAAUAAUGAAUUGAUAUCUAAAGAAACCAACAUUAUACAUAAUUCUCCAUAUUUUAAUUAAUGAAACGUCUUAACCUUUUAUGUGAAUAUAAUAAAUUAUUAUUAUCUAUAGGUUUCUGGAGGUAAUCUCAGAAUUUACUGAACCGAUUUUAAAAAUUCUUUCUACACUAGAGGGAAAGAUGCAUUUUGCAUAGGGACGUGUCUCUUUGUGAAUCAAUAGCUUUUAUUAUUGUUACCUUGUUUAGCAUAAUGUAAGAAGGCCAAAUAUUCUGUUGUCUGUAUGUAUUUAGCUUAGCGUUGUAUUUGUGUCCCCAGUAUGCGUAACAAUAUAUGUAAUAUCACUAAUAGUAGACCUCGGCUCAUAUUUUUGUAUGUAUUUAUGUUAAUUUUUCUUAUGUGAAAAAUGAAUAUUAUAGUCAAUUGGAAAUUUA